ACCAGGACUUUCCUAUAGACGUGUCGUCAGUUGGCAGCGAUCAUGAUUUCUUGGACGAGGAUUCGAUACAGGCUCUCUACCGACGUCUGAACAUACUCAACAAGUGUGCCAAGAUGAGAAUCGACAAGCUCCCCGUCAGACAGCUGGAGGACUCGGAUGAGGAGGACCCGUGUGCUCUCAGCGACAGAUGGAAGUUCCAGCGACACAGCCGCCGCUGGUCCCGCAUGCCGGAGGUAAUCGACCCGUCGCGAUUGGUGGCCAUCCACGGGUCACCUGUUGCUCGGCAGCCAAUCACAUCGUGCGGCAGCCAUGACAGCGUGCUGACGGACGGCAGCGAGCAAAGUCCGCUGACCCCGAAGCGACUCACUCCCAGCUCACAGUUCAGCGAGGACGUGACGUCCGUAUGUUCGUCACCCGUGCUGCCGCACCACGCUGCGUCACCGGAGUCGCCCAGCCGACACCCGGGCAAGGACAGCAGCGGAGAACGCAUCAAAGAGGGCGCCAGGGCCCUGCUCAGACGCAUGGGCAGCUUUAAGACAAAGAAGCGCGUCAAGGGAACGAAGCAGGACGAGCAGGCAGUCGUUAUUAGUGGACCUAUGCUGUGCGAUGCAGAGGCCAUGCAGGAGGCGCGUGACAAGUUCAAGGGCUGGAUGCCGGUGUCGACGGUUGCCGGUAGCGACGGCACGGAGCUGUCCUUUAAGAAGGUCGCAGACGGUCACCCGCUGCGUCUGUGGAAGUGUUCGGCCGAUGUCGAGGCGCCCCCUGUUGAGCUGCUCAAUCGAGUGCUGCGUGAACGGCACUUGUGGGACGAUGACUUUGUCAAGUGGAAGGUCGUCGACAAGCUUGACAAGCGCACGGAAAUAUUCCAGUACAUGGAGUCGGCGAUGCCACCGCAGCCAACGCGCGAGUACUGCGUCCUCCGGUAG